AUGAGAUCCUCGCGGUCUCUUGCUGCGUCGACUCGCCAGCUCAGAUCCGCCCUUAGCUCUUCAUCCUCUUCACUUAUACGCCCAGCAUGUCUUGUCGCAGCCCGCCAGCUUCACUGCUCUGCGGUCCGGAAGUCGGGCGUCGCUUCGAACCCAGCCAUGUCGUUCCCUUGCCUCGAUGCUUUAGAAUCACGCUCUGCUAAGCUCACCGACGACGACACCGAGCCCUCAUAUACUUCUGGCGCCACUCUUAAUUAUCAUUGCAAAGACCCCUUCCUGCUCGACUGGGGUGGUAUCCUGCCCGAGUUCAACAUCGCAUACGAAACGUGGGGUGAGCUCAAUGCCGACAAGUCCAAUGCUAUUCUCCUGCACACCGGCCUGUCCGCCUCGUCGCAUGCGCAUUCUACAGAGACGAACCCAAAGCCAGGUUGGUGGGAGAAGUUCAUUGGCCCUGGCGGUCCUCUCGACACGAACAAAUACCACGUUAUCUGCACAAAUGUCAUCGGCGGCUGCAACGGUUCAACCGGACCGAGCAGCGUUGAUCCAGGCAAUGGCGAGCGCUAUGCAACUCACUUUCCCAUCUUGACGAUGGAUGAUAUGGUCCGCGCUCAAUUCCGUCUUCUCGACCAUCUCGGCAUCGAUAAGCUCUACGCUUCCGUCGGUUCCUCUAUGGGCGGCAUGCAGUCUCUCGCGGCAGGCGUUCAGUUCCCAUCUCGCGUAGGUCGCAUCGUAUCCAUCAGCGGCUGUGCACGCUCCCAUCCCUACAGUAUCGCCAUGCGACAUACUCAGCGUCAGGUUCUCAUGAUGGAUCCAAACUGGAAUCGCGGCUUCUACUAUGGCAAAGUCCCUCCACACGCUGGCAUGAAGCUCGCUCGUGAAAUCGCAACAGUGACAUACCGCUCUGGACCAGAAUGGGAGCAGCGCUUUGGGCGUCGUCGUGCCGAUUCAAGCAAGCCUCCCGCGCUAUGCCCCGACUUCCUCAUUGAGACGUACCUCGACCACGCUGGUGAGAAAUGGUGUCUUAACUAUGACCCCAACAGUCUUUUGUACGUCAGCAAGGCUAUGGAUCUCUUCGACUUAGGCAUUGAGCACCAGCAGGCAACUCUUGCUCGUCGGCAAGACCGCGAGAAGAAGCUUGCGUCAGGCGAAACGACCCCCCUGGCCUCGGACGCAGCAUGCAGUCUUACUCUUCCCAACAAGCCCUAUGAGGAACAGCCCGGCGCCCAUCCCGACCCCUCAGAUGCGAACAUCGUGCCUGGCUCACGACCGCCGGAGGAUUUGAUCCACGGACUGGCGCCACUCCGUGAUACCCCGACACUGGUCAUGGGUGUGGCAAGCGAUAUUCUCUUCCCUGCGUGGCAGCAGCGUGAGGUAGCUGAGGCUGUUCGACUCGCUGGUAACAGGAAUGUGACACAUGUUGAGUUGAGUGAGGAGAUGAGUAUGUUUGGCCAUGACACAUUCUUGCUGGAUCUCAAGUAUAUUGGCAACAAUCUGCGCAUGUUCCUCGGUUAG